CUGGAGCUGCGUAGGCGUUCGAAGCGUAAUAAGAAACAAGAAAGACAGCGGUCCUCUGUUUACAAGUCAGUAACGGCAGUAGUGAUGGCGGACUCUGAACCUGUAGCAGCAGCAGAAGCAGCAUCCUCUCCGUGCCCGACACCGGGCCUUUCUCCGGCAAUGAGCCCAGGCUCGGAGCCUCCCUCCGCGGCUCUGUCUCCGUCUGCGGGCGGCGCACAGCGGCUCCUCUUUUCGCAUGACCUGGUCUCUGGUCGGCACCGGGGUUCGCUGCGCUUCGGCCUCGUGCGGAUGAUCCACGGCGAGGAAGAUUUUGAGGACGAGGAUGAGGAUGAUGAUCUCGGCGGAGGUAGAGACAGCGGCGGCGGCGGUGGUGGUGAUGGCGGAGGAGGAGGAGGCGGCGGAGGGCGCGUCCCAGGCAGCUUGGACACCGAAAACGGUGCACCUGAUUCCCGGACGUGGCCUCUCGGUAGGGGAUUCGUGCGUGUCCAGUGGUAUCCCGAGGGGACCAAGCAGGAUGUUCGGGAAACGAAGCUGAAACUUGAGGAUCGAUCCAUUGUGCCUCGAGACUUUGUCCGUCGAAUGGAUUCAAAUGAUAAGCAGUGUGGUAUAGUCACCAACAUUAACACUGAGUGUGCGGUAAAGCUGGUGGGGACCAACUGCUGUCUUUAUCCUGUAAACAGUCGAGACCUUCAGCACAUCUGGUCUUUUAUGUAUGGUGAUUACAUUGUUUAUGACUUCUGGUUGGGGAAGGUGUAUGACCUCAGCAAUCGCAUUAUCCUGAAGCUGUCCAACGGAGCACGAUGUUCUAUGAGCGAAGAAGAUGGUUCAAAACUCUAUGAUGUUUACCCACAUGUCAGUGAUUCGGGGCUGUUCUUUGAUGAGGCAUACGGCUUUUACCCUGGUCAGGUCCUUAUUGGGCCGGCUAAAGUCUUCUCCAGUGUGCAGUGGCUGUAUGGAGUGAAACCUGUGCUCAGCAAGAAGAGCAAAUUCAGGGUGGUGGUGGAGGAGGUGCAGGUUGUGGAACUGAAAGUGACAUGGAUCACUAAGAGUUAUUCUUUUCAAGGCUCGGACAGCGUCUUCCCUCCGCCAUCCACCAUCGCGCAGGAGAACCUCUGCAGAGUAAAGCGCCUGGGAUAUUUUGACCACACGCAGAGGCAGCUGGGUGAGAGAGCUCUCUAUGUCUUUCCUGCCAAAGGAGACGCAACCCGAAUCACUUGCGAAGGGCCAGAGGGGGCGCCAGUACUGCCUGAGGACCCAGUCAUUCGCAAGGUUAAACGAAUGUUUAAAAAGCAUCCUGGAAAGAAAGCUGCAGAGAGCGCAGACGUGCAUUCCAACAGCAUACAGCUGGCCAUGAAAGCAGAUGAGGCUGAAGUAGAGCAGCAGACGGAGGAACGUCAGGAUAACACGGAGGAGGAUGUGGCACCAUGUUCCAAUAAUGGCUCUGUUUCAAACUCAGAGACAGCGGAGGAGGAAAAGGAGCAGGUGGCAGAAGUUCCCCAGAGUCAAUGGCCUGUUCUUGGUGACCUCGAAUCAGACGAGGAUGCGGCAGAGGACACGGAUGACACCAGCUCCAUCACAUCGUCGGCCAGCUCCACGGCAUCGUUGCAAAGUGGCCCAACCAGAAAGAAGAGCAUUCCAUUGUCUAUCCGCAACCUGAAGAGAAAACACAAAAAGAAGAAAACCAAGUUCUCCAGAGAGUUCAAACCAGGAGAUAGGGUGGCUGUCGAGGUGGUUUCCACGGUAACCUCAGCUGAUGUUAUGUGGAAGGAUGGCAGGUUGGAGACAGGAAUACGUUCUAAUGACCUCAUCCCCAUCCAGCACCUUGACAACCACGAGUUCUGCCCCGGAGACUACGUAGUGGACAAACGCUCUCAAGCUCUGCAGGACCCGAAUGUGUAUGGCGUGAUCCAAAGAGGAGAUCACAAAGCAAGGACGUGUGUGGUAAAGUGGAUCAAACUAAACGCUGCAGGAGACGACGUAGAGGUAAUUGGCGAAGAAGAAGACGUCAGUGUUUACGAUAUCUCUGAUCAUCCAGACUUUCACUUUCACACCACAGACAUUGUGAUCCGGAUUGGAAACUCUGAUUCAGAGGACUUUAGUGAUGAGAGGACGGUGGGUCAGGUCUGCAGAGUCGACGUCAGCAGUAAGGUGGAGGUGGUGUGGGCCGAUAACUCCAAAUCUGUCGUCUUGCCUCAGCACCUCUAUAAUGUAGAGUCAGAGAUUGAGGAGACUUAUUACGACUCGGGUGAAGGCAGCACCAGCGGCUCGUCCUCAGAGGAAUGGGAGGAUGAGAGUGAUAGCUGGGAGACCGAUAACGGCCAGGCGGAAGAGGAGGGAGGGCCAGGUGGAGUAGGCUCCGCCCCUAAAACGGAAGCAGUGCCUGAGGGUAAAGCUGCAACUCCCAAUGCCAUAGCUGGCACAGAUGCACAGGUGGUGCCAUCCAUGCCUGACCAGCCUUCAGGUGGGAUCGGGAUGCCGGGGUCCGAGGAUAAACCCAGCAAGGAGACCCCACGACUGGCCUUCCGCGAGCUAAAGGAAGCCCUGAAGAUCCUGGAGAGCCUGAAGAACAUGACUGUAGAGCAGCUGUGGACUGGCUCACCCACCUCGCCGACUGCAGAACCUUCAGGCGCCACAGGCCCGACUACACCAGCCGACGCCAAGCCCACGAAGGAGAAGCGCUUUUUGGAUGAUAUUAAAAAGUUGCAGGAGAACCUGAAAAAGACGCUAGACAACGUGGCCAUCGCCGAGGAGGAGAAGAUGGAGGAGGAGCGGGCGACGGCGCUGCCUGAGCCACAGACGCCUGUACGCUCAGAGUGGCCUAGUGAUACGCCUGUCUUGUGCCAACAGAGCGGUGGCAAACCCGGCGUCACUUUUACCAGUGCCAAGGGGGAGGUGUUCUCCGUUCUAGAGUGGGCACCAGACACCCACACAUUCAAAAAGAUGGAGUUCCAGCCGGCUGAAGCUAAGAAGUUCUUCAGCACAGUAAGGAAGGAGAUGGCUUUGCUGGCUACAUCAUUACCUGAUGGCAUCAUGGUCAAGACAUUUGAGGACCGCAUGGACCUGUUCUCAGCUCUAAUCAAGGGUCCUACACGUACACCCUAUGAAGAUGGGCUCUUCCUGUUUGACAUCCAGCUACCCAAUAUUUACCCUGCUGUACCUCCUUUGUUCCGGUAUCUGUCACAAUGCAGUGGCCGCCUCAACCCAAACCUGUAUGACAAUGGAAAAGUGUGCGUAAGUCUGCUGGGCACCUGGAUUGGCAAGGGAACAGAGCGAUGGACGAGUAAGUCGAGUCUCCUGCAGGUGCUCAUCUCAAUCCAAGGCCUGAUUCUGGUCAACGAGCCCUACUACAACGAGGCGGGCUUCGACAGCGACCGCGGCCUUCAGGAGGGCUAUGAGAACAGCCGCUGCUAUAACGAGAUGGCCCUAAUCAAGAUGGUGCAGUCCAUGACGCAGAUGUUGGCACAACCAGUCGAGGUCUUUCAGCAGGAGAUCCGUGAGCACUUCUGCUCCAGUGGCUGGAGGCUCGUUCACCGCCUGGAGUCGUGGCUGGAACUGGACUCUGCCGCUUCGGAACGCAGCUCUCGAUCCUCCGGCUCCAUGCGUGCCGAGCCUCUGGACGAGGAGGCCCCCGAGGCUUUGGCACACAGCAGCCCUACAGGUAAACCAGAGUCAAGAGGUGAGGGCGAGCUGGAGGAUUCAGGGCUCGGUGCUUCUAAGGACCUGAACCACAGCUCAGAUUUGGAUGUCUCUAAAGUGGCGGAAUCAGCACCUCAGCCGCAGCAGCAGGGUGGAAAAGCGGCACAGGAGUCUCAAAUAUCCGUCAGGCCAAAGAAGCGGAGACGGAGCUAUCGUAGUUUCCUUCCUGAGCGUAGCGGCUACCCGGACAUCGGAUUCCCACUCUUUCCCCUCUCGAAGGGAUUUGUGAAGAGCGUACGUGGUGUUUUGCUGCAGUAUCGCGCUGCACUGAAUGCCGCCGGCAUAAUCGAGGACAAAUGAAAUCUUACUAAUUAUACCUUCAUCUUUCAUCUUUUUUCCACCAUCAACUUGAGAGCUGCACUCGACCCCUUAAAGUCAAAGCUACGCUCGCUCUGCUAGCUAGUGCUAAUCAUGUCUUGUCUUUAGAUGUUCUGGAUCAGCUUUUUGUUCUGUCCUGUUAGUUCGACCAUUCCACUUUCGUUACAACUGGUCUCUCAGGGAGAUAUAGAUGCCUGAAGCUUGGAGGAUAAUUAAGAUUAUGGGGACUUUUCAAAGCAUGUUUGGACAUUUUGCUUAAAAACACAUUUAGUGACCCAUACGGUGGAGAUGGUUUCUAAAACCUGGGUCAGUUUUGCCACCCUAGUGCCACCUUUGUGCCGUGAGACCAAAUCUAACCAUUUGUUACACUACUGACACCAAAACCAAGGGUUUUAAACAAACAGUGGCUGGAUGAUCUGGUAAACAUAUAUAUUUUGAUGCACCCAAACCCUUCCAAUGUUUGGAGAGUGCUAAUUUCUGGAAAGCGACAUCUAUUGUGCAUUGUUUUUGAUGGUAAGUUUUGUGUUCCAAAUCUAGACUUGAAAAUUAAGAUAAUGCUCUGUAGACCCUUUAAAACACUUAUAGACUGUUAGUGAUCUGAAGGGUAGAAUCUGUGCCAAAAAGCUGGGUCAGAUAUGACAACCAGGCACCGUCUUUGUGUUGUGAAACCAAACCUCAGCCGUUAUCACACUGCUGACACCCUAUUAAGGAUUUACUACAAACCAAACAAAAAUGAUACAUAAUGAUAAAUCUGAACCCCACUCUUUCAUAUGUGAUCUAUUACCUAAUGAGAUCUGUCACCAUCCUUGUGGUAUAUGUUCAAACCUAAGCUCUCAUAGGAUAAACUGGCAAAAACCCUGAUCAAAUCUAUUCCAUAAUACUAAAUCUAUUGGGAAUUUAAGAAGUAGGGGUCUGCUACUGAAAACAUUCUAUGGAAAAGAUUAUAAUGUGUUCCAAACCUAUCUGGACUUACUAGAAUAUCUAAAAUAGUCCUAAAACACCAAAAUAUUGAUAAAAUGCACUAAUAAUAGUAGUAGGAAUAAUCAUAGAUGCUCUCAGAUUGAUUUUGGUCACUUUAAUUUUAACCUAACCCUUUGCAUUCAUUUUUCAGUCUUUUUGGGAAUCUGUUUACAAUAUCACAAUACAUUCCUCACCUCCCACUUAUCAUGCUUUCCUUUCAGUACUGUACUUUAGUUUUUUAGUGAGUGAGUGAAUGAAUGCAUUAUUAUGUUGCACUGUGAUGUACUAGCACCAUGUCUAGGCUGUAUUUUGCCUCUGGAUCAUUACAAUCCUGACCAAGAAACUCUGGUCAGCCAUGGUGGUGGUACAUUAGUGCCAUCUGGAGGUCAAGUUCACUUAAUAUGCCUUGAACAGUGGAUGUUUGCAGUUUUCAUCUUAUCCUAAGACACUAGAACUAUGUAUAAGUAAUUUAAUUAACCUAAAAUAAAAUAAAUGUAAUAUUUCUGU